AUGUAUUCCUUUCCGACGUUUCUGCUCCUCCUCGCCCUUUCUGUCCUCGCUUCCCCUCUCCAACCGACAACCCAGUUGGAUGGAACAAGCGUGCUAGCCUCCCUUCCCGGAGUCGAGAGCUCUGUGGAUGGGGAGCGGACUGCGGUGGCCUAUAGUAGCGAAGCGUUCCAGGCCGAUGACGUACCGGUGUUCGAGAGCGUCCCUCUCAUCCCUCCCACCGAUGUUAUCGCCUCUGCUUCUCAUCCAGCGCUCGUUCCCGACCCCGAGGAUCCCCAAGAGCAACCACAAGAAACGAACGAGAGGAAGAGGAGCGCCAAGUUCUGGUCUCGCGGUGCAGAAGCAGGCGGGGUGAUGAUCGGGUGGAAGAUCCCUUUCACGAGGUCUAACCGGGCUAGGAAGGGUACGCUGAGCGCGCUGAGUUCCUUGAUUUCGACCGCUAGUGGGAGUACGACGUCGAAUGAUAGGAGGUCCAGUACUCGGACGCAUUCUCGGACGGAGCAGAGUUCCCGCAGGCACACGGGUUCUCAUACGCACUCUACGGAACACAGGCAUACGAAGGAUGCUCGCACGGUCGAAGCAGUCCUUUCUACAACUACUGGCACCACGAUCAUCACCACCACAACUACCACCAGCCCAACUCACACACCCACGAGCAGGACUCACCGAACCGACCCCUCCACCACCCACACAACUGCGACUGGUUCGCACACCUCCCAUCACCCCGGCUCACGCUCAACAAGCAGCUUCGUGCCUACUGUGUCCUCGACGGAUCCUGCUCGCUCGACUGCUUCUCCUACUGCAACGCACUCUCACUCGAGUGGCUCAGUUACUCCUACCGGAAGGUCGAUGCACGCCCAUGGGCAGGGGACGAGCAGUGCUCCUCCUCCUGCCUUUUCAGCAGAGUAUGAUGAAUGA